AUUCCCAUCAACCCGCUUAACGUUACGCUUAUGCAAAAGGUUAGUAUGCCUCUCUCUCCCAAUCACCAACCAUCGUCCCUCUAGUCCUCCAUCUAGCACAAUACUCACUGUACCGUGACACGAAUUUGUCUCGAGCGAGAGUAGUCGAUCGGUCGUCUGUACUUAGAGCGCUGUCAUUUUAAUCAGUAACAAUUUUACAUUGCUUUGGGUGUUAACCGAAAUCACUAUUUUUGUGAAAUAAAAUGAAAUCUGAAAUGUGGUUACUUUUUGUAUUUAUUGUUACGGUUUCGGCGCACAGUCAACACGAUCAUCAUGAUAACCAUCAGGACCAUUUGGUUAAUGUAUCUGUUUAUUAUGAAUCACUAUGUCCGGAUUCCAGGAAAUUCUUCACUCAACAAUUAUAUCCAUCACUUCGAAACCUUUCAAGUUAUGUCAAUUUGACACUCGUUCCUUAUGGAAAAUCAACAAGUACUUUCGACAUCACGGACUGGCAGUUCCAAUGCCAUCACGGCGAAAUAGAAUGUUACGGCAAUAAAAUCCAAGCUUGCGCUUUGAAACUGAUCGACAAAGGCGAAAACUCCCAAAAUUUAGCAUUCAAUGAAGUAGCCGUUGGAUAUAUCAAUUGUCUUAUGGAUCGAGCUGACAAAACAGCACAAGUUGUUUUUCCUACGAAAGAUUGUGCUUUAGUGAACCCCGUAUCCAACGUCCAAGAUAUUGAAAAUUGUGCAAACCAUACAGACGCUUCUAAUUAUCUUUCCAUUAUGGGUAAGUUGACGGAUGCCGUCCAGAAACCAUUAAAAUCUGUUCCGACGAUCGUUUUCAACGACGAAUUCAAACAGGAAGAUAAUGAACUUGCCCAAACUAAUUUCGUACAGGCACUUUGUCAAUAUAUUAAAGGUGAAAAACCAACUGAAUGUUCCAAAGCUAAUGCAAUUACUUUUAGCAUAACAUUAGUAAUAAUAUCGAUAUUGUUUAAUUUCAAUUAGAUAGUUACUUAAGGUGUACAAUGAUCGUGGAAAUCUUGCAUUUCAUAAAAUUUAUUAUUAUGAGGUGAUAAUCACGAUUUUAGGUCAACUCAAGCGACUAAUAUUCUUGUGCGUGUACAUGUUAAAUAGAUCAUAAAUUAUUUUUGCUAAUAUUAUAUAUACUGACUCUCAUAAAAAUUGCACCACCUAAAAUUUGUAGAACAAUGUUAUUGAAAUUUCCAUAAAAUGUUUAUUUUUAUGAAAGGUAAAUAUUAAAUUUGUAAACAAAAGAAUUUGUGCAACUUUUCCAAUGAUUAUUCAUUGAAUUUGAUAUGCUGCAGGUGGUAUAUCGUUACAAGAUCAUUGAAUUCGUAGACAUAGAAAGAUCUCAUCUGGGGUGUUAAAUCACCAAAACUCUUACCGAUCGCAUCCAGUACGUGUUCAAUGGCUCAAUGGCAGAAAAAGCAGCGAUUAGUUUCUUCUAAAGACGUGUUGCAACACUUAUCCAAUGAAAGCGAAUUGUAUCUUGAUGGAAAAUUGUAUAUUGUAAAGACAUGGAAGCGCAACGGAUUCCAGUACUUUGACAAUGUAACCAGCCGUCAUUGAAAACCAAGGGUAAUAUAUCAUAUUGCACCUCAUACCAUCCUCGAUUCUUUUGUGGGGUUUGCUGCACAAAUAAUUCAGAUUUUUACGUUCUCUUUCACGUUACGUUAAGUCAUGUGAGGGGAUGAGAAAAAAAUGAAAACAUAUAAGGUUGUAUUCGAUAAUAAACAAAUGACAUUGACAUUCUGGGUUCUUUACAUCUCAUAUAAUAAUUUCUAAUUAAUAAAGUUGUUGAAAAUCUAUCCUUGGGGACCAAAAGUCUUUACCAACGAGAUUUGUUGAAUCACGCCAUCAGACCAUUUUGGUCAACAUCUCCAUAAUGUCGUGAAGAUCAAAUAUGUGGUUAAUCUUGUGAUAGAAAAAAUGCGCAUGUUGAUUUACUCAUGACAUUGUACUCAAGUUUCAAAGAAAAUUGUGGAAAAAUAGUUUGGAAAAUUGGCAGGUUUAAUUUAUUGCUACUGAGAGGAAACUAAUGGCUGGAAUUUAUUGCAAUUUUAAUAACCAUUUUGUUGCAUUAAAAUAAAUUUGCAACAAAUUCUAACUAUUGCAGUUUUUAUAUGAGUCAGUAUAUGUACACACGAUGUUGUGAUAAAGAAUCUAAGAUCAUUUUUUCUCCAAUAUUCUUGAAGUGUCAAAUAAAAUCGCGUGAAUAUUUAUUUAGAUAUGAUGAAUUUAUAAAUUUUCCUUUAAUUCCUUUUUCAUUUAAAAGAGUAGUUAUUACCCUCUAUAUUCACAUAAAAAUUGUGAAAGUUUUUGAAGAAUCGGUUAUUUUCAUUAAUAACUUCAAUUUAAAAUAAAAUCAUUCCAAAAUAAAUUAUUGAAUUUAUAUCUUAAUGUUCCAAUAUUUUCCCCCCAAAAAAUUAAAACUAAUCUCUUCAAUCAUCUGAAUAAUUCCAUUAACCUCCCGGUGGGUGCGCCCCCUUUUAUGACACCAGCAGCGCGUUGUACUGCUUUACAAGUUUAUUUCAUUUAAAACCUUCAUAUGGAUGUUCAUUUUUACAUGUAAUUCCGAUAAAAUAGAUUAUUUACUCUUACCUUAGGUUUUUAACAAUGGAUUAACUGAAUUAUACUCAAAAAUCAGCUCCUCGUGCUUGUUUUACUGUAGUUUUGUUUCUUCUUUGUUUGAUCAAUAUUGUAAUUACAGGCACAAAAUUUAUUUUAUUACUAAUUAAUAUAAGAAAAACAAGUUUUGUUUGAACAACAUUUAUUGUUGUUUAUGACUAAACCACGGCAGAUUUUUUUCUGCUUUCUUUUCUAUUGUGUAAAGGUUGUGGCAGGGGUGGAAUAAUGAGGGGUGAGAACUCAUGUUAAUCCUUCAGGUGUUAGGGAAAACUGAAACAAAACACCUGUAGCACUCAGUACAAAGGCGUUCCCGUCGGAAGGUUAAGUUACGUUAGGCUAUUUUUAUUUGUAUCUUAACAAGGUCAAACUAGUCCAGUUUAGAAAAAAACUAGUUUACUCUACUUUAUGUUAAUCACGACUUGUUGCAUCCAGGCUAAACUAGUUUAUCCUACUUCUGAUUGGAUACAUUAUUCUGUCCUAGGAAACAUUUCUUCAUACUAAUAUCGAGUAAUAUGGUAUACAACAAGAAACUUCAUAAUAUAUAAAUGGUAGAAGAAUAAAUCUACAUUGCUGAUUAAAUAACUGAUUUGUGACAAAAUUCCGCUUAUUAACUUUUCUAAAAUCUGCUAUUAAUAAAAAAAUGGCUAGUUUAUAUUUUUGAAUUGUAUAAAAAUAUCAAAAUGAGAAUUAUUCUACAUAUUAUGUGAAUUCUAUUAACAAAUAAUAUCUACUAUGCCUUUAUGAAUGUGACUGUUGAUAAUGCCUUGAAUUUAUAUAUAUAUAUGUACUUUGAAUAACUUACUUAAUAAUUAUAUACACCAUUUCUGUAUUUUUCUUAUUAAUUUUAAAUCGCACGUGUGAAUAUCAAUAUUUGUAUCUUGCUAUGAAAUCUCAAAUAUAUUUGAUGGUUGGUAAUUGUAUUUUUCAAUAAAAAGCGUUCCCUCUGAA